AAAUGUGUGUUCAGGGCCGGAAUGUCUGUGUUUGUUUUGGUUUGUGAAACCCGCCCACUGACAGUUUACCCAAUUGUAUUUCAGCACCCCGGGUUGCCAGUUGACGGAAAACACAGCUUAUUUAAUUUCGUUCACCAUCAAGUGCGCUUGUUCCUGUUUAUGUCGUAAAUCUAGCAACCUACCUGUGCGUCAAGACUGAGGAGGAGGGGCCGGGUGAAAAAACUCUCUCCAAUAUUUUGAAUUUGGACUGCAAUACCUAGUUCAACCACUCGGUGUCAAUCCUACAUACAGCACCUUUAAGUUUCAUUGUAAAAAAAAAAAAAAAAAAAGAUUUUGACUAAAUGGCUAAAUAAACUUUGACUAAAUUCCUGUCAAAGCGAUUGUGAUUAUUGGUCUAUUGAUUUAUCUGUUGAUUAUUGCUGAAUCUCUGGUUUGGAGAUUAUAAUAAAGUAUCAGAACACAAACAACAAAUUUUAUGAAGAUUAAUUUGCUAAUUGGGUUAUGCUUUCUCAAAUAUUAAUCUCAAAUAAGAUCACAAUACACAAAACUAGAAUGAAUGCCCUCAGAAUGAAAGUUUUGUUUCUAAGACAGAGGUUGAGUGUGGCGUAGAAGUGGCCUCUUCCAAUGUAGAGGUGGCAGUAGUAAGGGCAGAAGGUGCUCUCUCAGGGCUGGGUAAAGUCUGUCUGGCGUCGUGCCCAGACACAGCAUGUGGUCUUCAGAUGGCAGUGGAAUUCAAGGGGAGGGGCACAAGACCCUCCUGCCUAGACAGAAACAGGGAAGAGGCUUCAGUCUUUCUCUUUUUCUCUUCUCUUAUUUCUGUCUCUUCAUCUUUUUCAUCAGCAGUUGGCUUAAUAUUCCAUCUAGAAUGUGGUGUUGUUGUUUUAAUGGCAAACCUUUGCAUCCAUCUUCUUAUAGUCUUCAGGCUCUGAAAAACCAGGUCAACACCAGUGCAUGAGUACCAGUCUGGAGGUAGUUUAUGAGUGGGUAGCUAAAUGUCUUUGAAAAAAAGCAGGGCGUGCAGUGUUUAGCAUCUGUGCUAGCAUGCAUCUGCUCAUCUGGCUGGCUGGCUGGCUGUCUUGGUCGUGGGAAAGACUGAAAUUACAUCGCUCUCAGGGUGAGUUAUUUUAAGCCACAGCAAAAGUGGCAAAGGGCAGACUGCAGGUUCGCUAGUCCCGUCAGAAGAGAACUCCCCCCUGGCCAGCAAGUGCCACUGGACAAAUCGCCGCACCUUUCAGCCCUGCACUGCCUCACGCUGUGUGUGCCGAGCAGCAGAGAAGUGUUAAAAUGCUGUGUGCUACGUCGCCAGAUCUAGAAACAGAUGAAAACACAUCAUUUUACAUCCUCAAUGUGGGGCAACCUCCUUCAGUUGUGAACCAAUCACACAGUCUCCAGCGGCAUGGAGGCCCACCCCCAGCCACCUCCCCCUCCCUGCAGGCCCACCACAAGGCCUAUGAGCCCAACUAUGAGUUCCAGGACUCUAAAUACACGCCCACAGGGGUGGGCGGAGGAGGGAUCGGCCCACCAAAGGCCUUUGAAUGUCCCAGCAUCCAGAUUACUUCCAUCUCCCCAAGCUGCCAGCAGGAGAUGGAGAACAGCGAGGACGAGAUGAGAGCGAAGGGUCCGGAUGGAGACUACCACGACAGACCUCUGUCUCGAGACCACCUGUACCUGCCUCUAGAUCACUUGUAUCGAGAUUCAUCCCUGAGCCCGAGCCCAUGUAGCAGCCUUUCCUCUCGUAGCUGGUUCUCUGACGCUUCAUCCUGCGAAUCCAUCUCGCAUGUAUAUGAUGACGUGGAUUCAGAGCUAAAUGAAGCAGCGGCGCGUUUCACCCUGGGCUCGCCACUCACCUCGCCCGGCUGCUCUCCACAGACUGGACCACAGGAGGAAGUGUGGCAACAACAACAGCAUCAUCAUCAUCAUCAUCAUCAUCACACGGCCUUCACUCACUCCCUUCCUCAUUCGCAUGGUCAUUCUCUCUCGUCCCGCCAGUCACCUUGCCACUCACCCCGUACCAGCAUCACAGAUGAGAACUGGCUGAGCCCUCGCUCACCCUCACGGCCCUCUUCACGUCCAACAUCACCCUGCGGGAAGAGACGCCACUCCAGUGCUGAUAUAUGCUGUAUGGGCUCUUUAUCACCCCAUCACUCCCCGACUGCCACGCCCGGCCCCUCGCCCAGGGGCAGCGUGACCGAAGACACCUGGAUAGGAAGCCCGUCUAUGGGUGUUUCCUCUUUCCAGUGUUGUCCCUCUGAGGCUGACAUCCCCUCCAAGACAAGAAAAACAUCUCAGGACUGUACAGGAGCAAUCCAGUCAGGAAAGGGCGACCUGGGCAUGGAUGAAUCUGGGAAUGUAUCUCCUUUGCUUGACUCACCUGCUGAGGAAGCCAUGCACGGAUUAAAGAAGGAUGGAUCUGGAGAGCAGUUUCUUUCAGUCCCAUCUCAUUUCACAUGGAACAAACCCAAACCAGGACACACACCUAUUUUCAGGGCAUCAUCCCUGCCUCCCCUGGACUGGCCGUUGCCGAAUCAGUAUGGGCAGUAUGAGCUAAAGAUCGAGGUUCACCCCAAAGCUCAUCAUCGAGCUCAUUAUGAGACCGAAGGCAGCCGAGGGGCCAUCAAAGCCACUUCUGGGGGACACCCUAUCGUGAAGCUCGUUGGCUACAAUGAGAAGCCAGUGAACCUGCAGAUGUUCAUCGGGACAGCAGAUGACCGUUAUUUGAGGCCGCACGCAUUCUAUCAGGUUCACCGCAUAACAGGAAAAACUGUCGCUACCGCAAGCCAGGAAAUUAUCAUCGCCAGCACAAAGGUUCUCGAGAUUCCUCUCCUUCCUGAAAACAAUAUGUCUGCCAGUAUUGAUUGUGCUGGGAUCCUGAAGUUGAGGAACUCUGACAUUGAGCUGAGGAAAGGAGAAACUGAUAUUGGACGGAAAAACACUCGGGUCCGUGUGGUGUUCCGGGUUCACAUCCCACAACCCAAUGGAAAAGUGGUCUCACUGCAGGCUGCUUCAAUUCCAGUGGAGUGCUCCCAGCGCUCAGCACAGGAGUUACCUCAGGUCGAGAAAGCCAGUAUUAGCAGUUGCCCGGUGAGUGGAGGAGAGGAAAUGGUCAUCACUGGUUCCAACAUCUUCCCAGAGUCAAAGGUCAUUUUUCUGGAGAAAGGUCCUGAUGGACGACCGCAGUGGGAGGUGGAGGCAAAGAUCAUCAGAGAGAAGAGUCAAGGAUCUAGCAUCGUGGUGGAGGUUCCUCCUUAUCACAGUAAGACGGUCACUUCAGCAGUGCAGGUGCAGUUCUAUGUGUGCAAUGGCAAACGGAAAAGGAGCCAGUCACAGCGCUUCACCUAUCUACCAGUACGGGUCAAGCAGGAACAUAGAGAUGAUCUGGACUCCCCUGCUGUGCCGCCCAUGUCCAUGCCUCUGGUCCAUGCUGCCAGUUUGGUCUGUGCUCAGCCGCUGUCCUCCCCAGAGCACUCCCACCCACCAGACGGCCUUCUGUCCAGCUCGCCACGUGGCCUGGCUGCAGGCCUGCACCCUCUCCAGGCCCCCUGCGCCCCAAUGGGCUCCCCAACUCUUCCCCACCUGCCCCACCUUCAGGCUCAAGGACUGAAUGCACCUACUGAAUGCCAGAUGCCCUUCCACCCAGGCCCUGCUGCCACUGCCAGGCCAUCUUACCCACCCAUACAACACAACAUGCCCUUCAACGGCCAACACAGUCUUCCUAUGACUGCGGGCUCCCCACAGGCAUACGAGCGAAUGCCCUUUCAGGCCGACCCGGCUGGGUGUCACUCCCUGAGUUUGGGGAUGGUGUACGGCCCGGCUUCUUCAACACCCACCUCUGGAGUGCCUCCGGGGCCUGGCUCCAGCCCCAGCCAUGCAGCCUGUACGGGUAGCAACCAGGUCAUGGCCCACUCUGCCCCUCACCUUCAAUCUCUAGGCUAUCACUGCCCCACUCCAGGGCAGGUCCCAUCACCCACCCACACGCUCGGACAGCCGGCCCCUCAGCUCCAGCAUCCACUGGUUUACCAUCCAGCCGGGCAGCGGUCCGCCUCCUGCCCCACACCCUCCAGUGCUCCUGCUCAUAUGGUGCCAUCUCCCCACUCUGGGCCCUCGUCCCCCCAGCUCCAUUCCCUCCCCUACCACUCACCCACCUCCCCGUCUCCUACAUCCAAUAGCCCCCUGGGGCCCAUGGCACUCUCUGGACAGCCUUCUCCCCAGGCUAGCAGCCCUGUCUUGGCUGGGUUGUCCCCUUCAGGUCCCUUGGUGCACCCUCUGACCCAACAGGGAGAAAGGCUGAACAUCAAACAGGAGCCAGAGGAUAGAGAGCCCACAUUCCGUACCAUCGGCCUGCAAGAUAUUACGCUUGAUGAUGUGAAUGAGAUCAUAGGCAGAGACAUGUCUCAGGCCCCAGAGGCUCAUGGAGGCUCGCCAGCUGCACACAGUCAGUCCUAGCCCACAACACAGUCUUCCCAGGACUCCAGAGCCGGGCAAAGAGAUUCCAACCAACGCCAGUGUCUGCCCCAAUUGCCCAAAAACAGCCCUUCCUAGUGUGGAUCCAGAAGCAAUAUGAGCGACAAUCAUUGCUUCCUCUAGAUUCACAAACACAGCUUUGGCUGUAAACGCUAACAGCCGGGAGAAUUUGGGUUAUAUACUGUACGCAUGGACACAAAAUCAGGUGUACUGUAUAUACACAUACACAGGCGUGCUUGAGUGGGAGUAAACUUGGAUUUGUGGUGUUCUCCUGGAAAAAAACCUAGAAUUCAGGGCUCUCUGACAGCAUGAUGUAUUAUUAUUUGUAGCUCGCAGAUUCACCUCUGGGAUUGGCCUGCUAUGCAGUGGAGCACCCUCAUCCCUGACCGGAAUAUGCAGCACACGGCAGCAGUUCUACAGUCACUUAAGUGGGAUAGUUGAGGGGUGUUCGAAGCGUGAUAGAUGCCCACGUCACGCCUUCUUACCAGCAAAAACUCCUCCUUUUUCUCUGACAAUUCUCCCAGUGCUGCCCCCUAGUGGACGGGGUCUCGGGUGCUGCACAGAGUCUGUAGUAAUAAUAUGCAACAUUCCACACGUCUAGUGACCUUUCUGAGCUGUAGAUAAUCUGUUUAAUGAUUGGCCCAUUUCCUCUUCAGGUUGAACAAAUGCCUUACGUGGUAGCUGUGAUAGUGAACAGGCUUUCUGCUAACAAUAUAUAUAUUGUUUUGUUUUGUUUUGUUUUUUUUUUUGAGGAGAAGGACGACGGUUGAAACCAGUGUGUGUAUUUUAUACUUAGAAAGUAGCUGAGCUUCAUCUUUUGUUCUGGAGUGCUGUGGAUCGUGUUGAAUCUUACAUUCACUGUUCUUUGCUUUAAAAGUCAAAAGAAUUGUUCUCAGACUCUAAAGAUAACAUACAUGUUUUGUAUAGUUGCAUGGGAAGAUGAACUCGUGACAUGACCGUAGACCAAAAGGUCUAGAGAUAAUGAAGCUUAUAUAUAUAUAUAUGGCUUCAUGUGCAUUGAACUCAAACACAAUAAUAUGUUGACUAUGCUGAUACUCGCUUUGUGCCUUUGAUUAGAGAAACAGUUAUGCAUAAACAAUUGUAUUGGACAAUUUAAAAAAAGAAAAAAAAACUUAACUAUCCAACUAUAAAUAUAUAUAUAUAUAUAUAUAUAUAUAUAUAUAUAUAAUUAUUUUUAUUUAUUUACUUUUUUUUUAAGGUUGCAUUCUGACAAUCUACAUGUCUUACUAUAGAAUGUACUAUAGAAUCCCUGCUGCAUUCUGGGGGAAAAAGGUUCAAAUCCAAACCAGCUUCCAAACCCCUCAGCCCAUCUUAGACAAUGAUAGUGCUCAUUUUUGCUCACAAUUGGCUCGCUGUGUGGACAAAAACAGUGGAGUGAGCAGGUUUCCUCUGUACUUCACUCACUGGGACAGACACUGCCAGAGCAGAGACCGUGUGAAGCAAACAAAUCUAUUGGUUUCUAUUGGCUCCAUGCCUUAAAUUUUGCCUUUCAAUUUUCCUAUGAAAACUGGCACAAUUUGAUUAAGACAUUUGUUUUUUGUUUUUCUAUUCUUUUUCAGUCUUUGAGACAUAUAGCUGUAACCAUGAAUGUUAAUUAUGUUUGAAAAAGACAAAAAAAAAAUCUAUGCACUAUAAACUUGCCUUCAGACUGUAAGAUAAAAAAUUAAAAAAGGAAAGAAAACCUUGAUGCCUCUAGACUAGAUGCUGUAAAGAUGCUUCUUCGUAGAGUAGUACGCCAGACGAGUUCUGUGUGUCAAGAUGUGUCUGUUCAUGCACAAAGCAAGCGUCUUAACGGUUUUGUGCAUAUGCGCUUAUGUCAGUUUGUAUUCAGUGAAUUGUAGAGAUUUGUUUUGUAUCUUUAAAAACCUCUUUGAAUUUGAAUGGUGUAAAAGCACACUGAUACAUUAGGCUAUGCAAGGACAGACAAUAUGAUGCUGUGUCAUUUUCAAACAUACAAAUAGCAGGUUUGUUUGUUAGUCUUGCAUCUAUACAGUAAGUAUAUAUAUUUUGUUGUAUGUAAAACCCUUACAUAUAGUGACAGGUGUUUUCAAUGCCACUGACUAUUUAAUUUAAACUAUCAAAUAUACGGUAGGAAAGCCUUAACUUGUGUUAAAAUGCAAUGUUAGAGAAUGUGUGUCAUAAGGUUUGGGUUUGAUUUAGCUUUAGGGGUUUUUGAGAAUCAAGACAAAAAAAAAAGCAAAAAAAUAAAUAAAUAAAUAAAUAUAUAUAUAUUAUGGAUGGGGAGUUCUGGGAUGAAGCAGGUUCCCUAGAUAAGCACCUAUUUUCAUUCUCUAGAAACCAAAGAUCGAACAAUGUGCUCCCAUUUUAAAUACAGAUGACAAUGCAAACACCAGAACUCUAUUUUUGAUACUCUGAAAUGGAUGUCAUUCCUAAAGUUUGGGUAGCUUGAAUGGUUUGUAAAAUAAAAGUACAGGUUCAGUUGAUGUUUACGGAGCCUUGUAUUGUCAUUUCAUGUACAUUUUGUAUUUAACAUUUUGUAAUUUCUAAGACUGCAGUGCUUUUUGAAAUUAUUCAAAGGGAACACCGUGCAGCAUAGGCUCUUCUGAGGUAGUGUAUCAAUAAAAAGAAUAAAUGCC